GAAGUGGAAGGGGUCAGGUUGUGGGUUGACUUGCCGCCACGAAAAAAGGGUACAGGAAUCGGAAAUCUAUAUAAAAAGCGCAGCCCGGCAACAAGUCGGCUGCUUCGGUGUGUGUGUGUGUCCAGUGGCAAUGGAAAUUUUCACUAUUUUCAAUCAAUUCAGUGCAUGCUCUUCGUUUUUAUCAUUUCGCACAAGUGCUUUAAGAUACAUCUCCAACUCAGUGGCGUAAUACUACCCCGUCAUGUUGCGACGUUCUCUGGGAUCCCUUGCGGUCCUGGCUUCCCGGAAUCAUUCCGCUAAGCCAUUCUGCAGCAACAUGGCUCAAAUCAUCGAUGGCAAGGCCAUUGCCCAGGAAAUCCGCCUUAAGCUGGGGCAGGAGGUGAAGGAUCUGGUGGCUGCUGGCUAUCCGGUGCCCCACCUCACAGCCGUGAUUGUGGGCGAGGAUCCGGCCAGCCAGAAGUACGUGGCCAACAAGAUGGUCGCCUGCCAGGAGGUGGGCAUCUCCAGUGAGACGAAGAGGCUGCCUGCCUCCACUACCGAAGAGGAACUUCUCCAGGUGAUCGCCGAUCUGAACAAGGAUGAGCGCGUCAACGGAGUGCUGGUGCAGCUGCCGGUUCCGGAGCACAUCAACGAACGUACCAUCUGCAAUGCCGUGCAUGUGGACAAGGAUGUGGAUGGCUUCAACGAGCUUAACGUCGGCCGUUUGGCCUUGGACAUGGAUGGCCUUAUUCCGGCCACGCCACUGGGCGUCAAGCGGCUGCUGGAGCACCUGAACAUCGAAACCUUCGGGCGCAAUGCUGUGGUGGUGGGGCGGUCCAAGAACGUCAGCCUGCCAAUGGCCAUCCUCCUGCACGCGGAUGGGAAGUAUGCCACUAAGGCACUGGAUGCCACUGUGACCAUCUGCCACAGGUACACGCCGCCCAAGGAGCUGGCCCGCCACUGCCGGCAGGCGGACAUCAUUGUGGUGGCUGUGGGCAAGCCGGGCCUGAUCACCAAGGAUAUGGUGAAGCCCGGAGCCUGUGUCAUCGAUGUGGGCAUCAAUCGCAUUAAGGACGAGACGACUGGCAAGUUCAAGCUAGUCGGGGACGUCGACUUCGAAGUUCGCCAGGUUGCCGGCCACAUCACUCCGGUUCCCGGUGGCGUGGGCCCCAUGACGGUGGCCAUGCUGAUGGAAAACACUUUGAAGGCGGCAAAGAAGCAGUUCUGCAAUCGCAACUCCUCCUGAGAAUCCCCCAGCGAUUGGCGCCCGAGUAGUACAUGCUUCGCUGGCCGAGAAAUAGUAUUUUUUAUUUAAUCCGCUAACCUAUAGUAGAGAGUAGAGUUAAUGACCAACUGCUAACAUGACGAUUGUACACAACACAUAAAAAGAAUAUGCAAUAUAAACAGAGAUAAUGGAAUCUUA